CCCCAGAGCCAGGCCGCUGAGGUCAUCACAAGUUGGAAUACAGGGUUUAUACCAUCUUAAGGAAAACAAGGUUUGAAACAUGGCAUCCAUUCCAUCAAGUGGCUCUCUUGUCACAACCCAUGACUAUUACCGCAGACGCCUGGGAUCCACCUCCAGUAACAGCUCUUCUGGGAGUGUGGACUAUUCUGGAGAGGUUAUGCCUCACCACCCAGGUCCAAAGUCAGAUCCUGGUCACUGGUGAGCCAGCUUCUUCUUUGGUAAACCAUCACAUCUCACCAUGACCACUGAUUCAAAAUCCCCAGAGAACUCAGGAAGCUUCCGCAUGACCAGUGGCCUGCUCCCAUGUGGCCUGGCUCUGGAGACGGUGACAAAGAACAAUGUCAAUGACACCAAGACUGACUCCAGCGCCUCUGUCUGA